AUGGACAGCAUUGUCCAUCAGAUCCACACCCUGUCAACCCAGAAUGAAAGUGACUUGAAGAAGCUCAAGGACUUCCUCAGACACGAGCAAGAGACUUUGAAGGCAAAUGCCAGUCAGAUUGACCAGGCACUUCAAGCCCUGGAUCCUGUGCAGUGCACCUUGGGAACGGCAUUCCUCCUGCAGGCGCAGCUGAGUGCCGGCUUCUUUUCCAACCAACGUGCAACCUUCGCCUUCAUUUGCAAUUUCCUCAAGGUCGCGGACAGUCAACAGGCCAAGAAAGCCGCCUCCCCCAUGACAGCCGUGUGCCGAAGUUUUGCUCAGAUGGCCAUCGAUUUGGGGCAGCCAGCUAUGCUAAUGAGCUUGAAGCCACUGCGUGCUGGCCUUGAGAAGCUCCAGGACACGCCCGAGACUCUCACACCAGUGCACGCGGAGUUUCUGAGGGUGUGUUUGAAAGUGAAGGUGUACCAUAUAGCGGCGCAGUUGUUGGAUCAAGCCAUUUAUGACAUCUCAAUCAGUACUGGCGGCAAUAGCAGCAACAGCCCUGCACAAGUAACGCCUCAGAGCUUUCUUAGUUUCUUCUACUAUGGAGCUUUGGUGCGCAUUGGCACUCGGGAGUAUGCCAAAGCUAUUCAGCUACUGCUGGUUGCUUUGACAUGUCCAGCUUCAUGCUUGAGCGCUAUCCAGGCAGAUGCGUACAAGAAGUAUGUACUGCUAUGUCUCAAGGUGCAUGGUGAAGUGAAGCCACUUCCAGUCUACACGUCCCAUAUCCUCCAAAGAUACUCCAAGAGUGCCAGCUACGUUUUAGAGAUUGCCGAGUCCUUCAAAACAGCAGAUGCAACUGCCCUUCAGCGGAUCAUAGAGGAGAAGCAGCCAGCCAUUGAGGCGGAUCAAAACAUGGGCCUGGUGAAACAGGCCUUGGCUUCGAUGCAGCGCCACAAAAUUUUGACAUUGACCAAGACAUACCUGACACUGUCACUGUCUGAAAUAGCUAGUGAGGCAGGGAUGCCCACUGAUACCAAUGAAGUUGAGGCCAUUCUGUUCGACAUGAUCUCAGAAGGAGAGAUCAAGGCAAGGAUCGACCAACAGACCGGCAACGUGUCCUUCGAAGAUGCAGAUGAGAAUCUGGACAUGGACAUGAUGCAAAAGCUACAGGGCAAGUUGGCAAAGAUCAUUGACAUCUCCCAGAGGAUAAGCUGGUUUGAGCAAGAGGUGGUCACAAGCGAGUCCUACGUCCGGAAGACCAGUCUUCUAGACAUGUCGGCUGCGGACCGACAGGUGGGUGGUGCCAUGAGCUAUGAUGUCAUGGACAUGUGA